GGAGGAAAAAAUGAAUCCAGGGAACUGAGUCAGCAGCAGCUGCGGUGCCACUCGACUAUUCCUCUCAACUUCCGUGGAUCGGCCUCAGCGCCAUAAAUGUUCACAUUUUCAUCAUUUACAAUGGAUCUGCGUGGCGUUUGACUGACCCAAGAAGCUUCUUUUAGAGGAAGAAUAACAGCAGAAAAGAGAAGAAAGGCAGAGUGGACCACCCUGAGUCGCGAAGUGAUCGUUUUCCUGGAGACCUCAUGUCUGUCAGAGUUUCAGCCAUGAGUGUCCUUCCUCCGGUUCGAUGGGACAGAAUCAUCGCUCAGCUCCCUCAGUCUUUCAGGAAAGAGGCUGCUCUCCAUACCAAGGAUGAUUUUAACAAUAAAGUAAAGACAGCUUGCCAGGAGCAGCGGACCGGCACUGUGGGCAGAUUUAAAAUCUCAAAGGUCAUCGUGGUGGGUGAUCUGGCUGUGGGAAAAACCUGCCUGAUUAAUAGGUUUUGCAAGGAUGCCUUUGAUAAGAACUACAAGGCAACAAUUGGUGUUGACUUUGAGAUGGAGCGCUUUGAGGUGCUGGGUGUUCCUUUCAGCCUGCAGCUGUGGGACACUGCAGGCCAAGAAAGGUUCAAGUGCAUUGCAUCUACGUACUACAGAGGGGCUCAGGUUGUGAUAAUCGUGUUUGAUGUCAGUGACAUAGCCACUUUAGGUCAUGCAAGGCAGUGGCUCGAGGACGCUUUGAAAGAGAACGACCCUACCGCUGUUCAGCUGUUUCUAGUUGGUACAAAGAAAGACAUGAGUUCUGCUGCUCAGUAUUCUCAGAUUGAACAAGAUGCUCUCAAACUUGCAAAAGAGAUCCAUGCAGAGUAUUGGGCUGUUUCAUCACUGACGGGAGAAAAUGUGAAAGAUUUUUUCUUUCGAGUUGCUUCACUGGCUUUUGAGACAAGUGUUCUCGCCGAACUGGAGAAAAGUGGAUCAAGGCAAAUAGGAGAUGUUGUCAGAAUUAACAGCACUUCAAACAGUCUGCAUGCCACAUCGAAGAAGAAGCAGCCCAGCUGCUGUCAGUAAGGACGGAUGCAGAAGUUUUAAAGUCAAACGCACAGACUCAGAAUGAGGCUUUUCCCAGCAGCUGAUAAUCAUGGCGGCCGUCCAGCUUAAAGGGAAAGAUUUCUGUGGUUGGAGAAGGAGGCGGCACACUGACGUUUAAUUUCCUGGCAGGUUUAAAGUCAGUUUUUCCUGGCCUGGGGAGGUUCCGUCAUGGGAUGAGUGUGGAUUCUUGUGGUGUUGCUUAACUUGCUGGGAGUUAAAGAUUGACACAGGAAUUGCACACAAAUUGACUUGUGGUACGGCCAAGGAUGCCAAAGAACGACUGUGGAUGUUUGCUUUGUGUAGAAUUUGAAUUAAAUCUUCAGUUUUGCUGCUGUAGUGUGUUUUGCAAUCAAUACUUUUCUUCAGUUAAUCACCCACAUGUCUGUUAUGUAAUGUUGUGGCCAGUUAUAUUUGAGUGGAUUGAAGAGAUUGAGUGAGUGACCUAACCAGAUGACCAUUUUGUAUAAUGGGAAUACUUCAUAGGUACUUUUUGUUUACAAACAAAUUAGUAUUGGAUUUGUUUUAUAGAGUAGUGUGUUUGAAUAUAAAGUAUACCAUUUAUUGUCACUGAAGUAUGUCUUGGUUUACUUUACAUGUCAGUAAGAAAUUAUAAAAGAAAUUAAUCAUAUUGUUUUAGUUACUAAAAAUAGUUGAAUUCUUUUAUUACAAAAGUGUUUAUGCAAAUUAAAGUAUUUCAUGUCCAUG